AACAGUCGCCUUCUGUCGGGCGCCAAGUCAAGAACCCCCUGCCCGGUCCCGCUCAAAAACUCUUUUGAUUCCCCGCUGUUAUGUGUGUGUUUCAUUCGUUUCGAUACUCAGAAACAACACUCUUAAAAAUACUGGGAAGAAAAAUCUCUUAACAACUCCAUGAGUUCAAAGUGUUGUAUACAAAACUCGCUGGCGUUAUCGUCAAAUGAACUGUGUUGUGUAACUACUCCGAGUCGACAACUUUUCUCGGCUUGUUUGGUUAUGUUGUUGCUAGUGAUUGAUGUGUCCACUUGAUUUUGAAAUCUUUUCUGGAACGGAUUAAUAUCUCAACUCGCGCCAUAAGACGUCCAAGUUUUCGCCCUUUGACAAGUUGAAUUUCCAUCGCUCGAUUAUCUUAUUACAUCAUCAUCUUCCAGUGAGACCGGCUCCGGUUCUUUCGCUAUACACAGACACGCUAGCAGGUCGUAACGAGGGACUUUGGAGAGCAAUCAUCGAGCUUUUAAGCUUAAGAAUGGUGACGGCAUAGUGAAAAAACAAUAGACGACUUGCGUCAUUGUACAUUAUAAAUAUAUCGGGAGUGAGAAUCGCCAGUGAAUAAAAAUCGUCGGCGUUCGCACGUUCACCGGAUUUUCACGCUAUUCUAGAUCCAAAAUGAUUUGUGGUGGCAGAUGCUGAAAAGAACUUUUUGGGGUGAAGAGUUCGUGUAUAAUCCGAGAAUCAAGAAAGAAGCGAGUGGGGGGCCGGGGAGGAUAAAAGUGAAAGCAAAAGGAAACGGAAACCAAAGGGCAAAAUAUAAUACAACAACUUAAUAAAUUAUAUAGAAGGAAAUAUAGACGUUUCGACGCUAUCGGCUCACGUAUAAGGACGCACGACGCUGCAGAGCCCUUGACACUCCCUUCUUUUGGAGAGUUGCUGGGCUAAAUUGGCGACGACUUAUAUCUGCCCGACGACUAAAAGUUGUUACAGACACCGCAGCAUCCCGCACAAGUGCACUGGCUGGGCGUGAGCUGUGCUGGUCAAAUUUCAAGUUCAGUCGUCUCUGGUCGGUUGCCGAGUCAACAAGUCCACACCCGAUUUUCACCACAAAUAAUCGAUUGAUCGACAACAUUUAUAGACAUCAUCCGCCAAAGUGGGGGGUUGUUUUCUAUAUUAUUGGAUAUCAUUCGGACUCGAAUUAUUUGGCGGAUUCCAAUUUAACUAAGUGCUGGCCGACCGACCAUCUGCUCUUCUGUGAACCUCUUCGUACCAUUUUGCAGGUGGCGCGUUCAGUUUGUCUCCGUGAAUGGAGAGAGCUGUCGAGAAAACAAACGCAAGCGGCUGUCGUCAACGGAACCAAAAGGAAAAAUCUAUCCGCUGGAUUUCUGCUUGCAGCCAGCGGUCGUCUCGGCCAUCAACAUGACGUCCUCUGGCGCCUUGUUGGCGUGUUGUGGCGUCUGAAUGUGUGAGAGAUAUACAAAGUCUUGACAGGGUGUUCGUCCGUCCUCAAUUGUGGCCGGCCAGCACGACGAAAUAGAAACAGAAAAAUAAAAAUAAGGAGCCCGAAAGUGAAAGCGGAAAAAAAAACAUGGCAGGGCUUCAUUUGCUUGAUAGUGUGGCGUCCGGCGUGACUAGCGAUGGCGAAAUAGCCAACGAUUCAUGGCCAACGGUGACGGCCGCUGCCGUUGGCAACUGCAGCAAUCCGCUGGAAGAAGUGGAUUGGUCGCAACCGGGAUUGAUCAUCUCCUUGGUCAUCCUGGGCGUCGUCAAUGUCCUGGUCCUUUUCGGCAACUGCCUGGUCGUCCUGGCCGUUUUUCUCGACUCCAAACUGCGGACGGUCACCAAUUUGUUCAUCGUCUCGCUGGCCAUGGCCGACCUGUCGGUCGGUUUGGCCGUGUUGCCGUUCAGCGCCUCGCUGGAAGUGCUGGACAUGUGGAUUUUCGGUGAGAUUUGGUGCUCCAUCUGGUUGGCCGUCGACGUUUGGAUGUGCACGGCUUCCAUUCUGAAUUUGUGCGCCAUCAGCCUGGAUCGCUACCUGGCCGUCACCCGGCCCGUUUCCUAUCCCUCCAUCAUGACGCCAUUCCGGGCCAAGAUCCUUUUGGCCGUCGUUUGGCUCCUGAGUUUCGUCAUUUGUUUCCCACCGCUGGUCGGCUGGAACGACCGCAAAAUCAACCGGCAUCCAUCCCAGCAGCACUGCGACGACUGGUCGUGCGAGUUGACCAACGACCCGGGCUACGUCGUCUACUCUGCGCUGGGCAGUUUCUUCAUCCCCAUGCUGGUCAUGCUCUUCUUCUACUGGCGCAUUUAUCGGGCCGCCGUCGAGACCACCAAGGCCAUCAAUCAAGGCUUCCGCACAACCAAGGAAGAAGGCGGAGGAUACGGGCGACAGUGCGUGGAGAAUAAAGAGCGGCUGACGUUGAGGAUUCACAGGGGGCGGUCGGGACAGAAACCGUCGGCCGCUCUGACUUCGGUCCUAUUGGCUAAACAUGGUUGCCCUCCGGGACUGGGCCCGGCUCUGGCCGGCCUGGCUGAUCGUGAUAUCGUCACCCGUCUGUCUGACAGCACGACGCCGGCGGCGGUGACGGUGGGGACUGGCGAAAAUCCAAGGAUCGAUCUCCCGCAGAUUACCGUGACGGCCGCCACUUCGUCGAUCGAAACCGAUUGCGACUUGUGUCGCAAUGGCGAGCAGGAUCGGCUCUAUCAGCAGCAACAGCAGCAACAACAGCAACAACAGUUGCAACAACUCCAGCAGAUGCACCAGCAACAGCAGGCUUCGUCCGGCUUGCGGGAGAACGUGUCCAACGCCUCCCAGGCUUACAAGGUCCUGUACAUGGAGACGCCGUUGUGCAGUUGCGGGCGGAUCAGCGGGACCAACGGCCGGGCGUCCAAAGCGGGCAACAACAAGCGAAGCGCUUUGGAAAUUUUCCAGACGGGCGGCAACCACGGCAAGAAGAACAACAGGUCCAAAUACAACGGUGGACACCGCUGUCUGGGUCCGUCUCCCAGGAUGAGCGGAGGCGGAGAUGACGGAAUUGAUCCUCUGGGAUCGGCCAACAACCACAACAGCGCCAAACCCUUGAAAAUGAACCGACGCAGCAACAUCAAAGCCCAAGUGAAGCGGUUCAAAAUGGAGACCAAAGCUGCCAAGACAUUAGGAAUUAUUGUGGGUGGGUUCAUCGUGUGCUGGAUGCCGUUCUUCACGAUGUACGUGGUGCGGGCGUUUUGUCCGCAGUGCAUCCCGUCGGUGCUGUUUUCCGUCCUCUUUUGGCUGGGCUAUUGCAACUCGGCCAUCAACCCGUGCAUCUACGCCCUUUUCAGCCGCGAUUUCCGCUACGCCUUCCAGAAGAUCGUCUGCCAGUGUCUGUGCACACGACGCUCGCACGCCCAGCACCUCAGCAUCAUCAAGAUGAUGGUGCCGCAGGGUAUGAUCGCCGGACUGGGCAGCGCUGCCUUCAACACCGACGACUCGGAUCCUUACGCCAACGAUCACUCGGAUCAAUCCAACUGAUGAAUUUCAUAUUUACAAUUGAAGCGAUGAUCAACAUUAUUUUAAAUUCAAUUCAAAGAAAUUCCUUUUUUUUUAAUUCUUUGGUUAACGUUUGUUUAACUGGGAAUGGUCACGAAAAUGCACACGAUAUUAUAGGGUAGAUGAUAAAAGUAAUUCGAUGGCGAAAUGACGACAAACCCCCUCACAAAGUCUUAAUCAUUCCUUGUAACAAUGUUUUGAUUUGAACUUUACGUUACCUCACUAGUCUCUCUAUUAUAAAUAAUUACAUUAUUUGGUUGCCAAGGGAGUAAUUAUUCUUUUAACAAAUCGUUUCACGCAGGGAAAGAAUGUAGCGCAAACAAAUCAAAUUAUUUGUCGAUUGCAUCAAUUAUGUACAUUUUUACUAUUAUAUAUUGCAUAACAAGGUAAAAACACUUUUCUUUUCGUUUGAAUCAUUUGUUAUCAUUUCCCAUGAAUGUUUUUCGAUGUUUCGCAUCAUAUUAUUGACACACACUGGUGUUUUACGUACACACGAAAUGCGUAUCGAAUUUCGUUUGGGGGAAAAACACCGAUAGAGCUGUUUUAAUCAACACCCUAAUUAAAGUCGAUCCUAUUUCAUGAGAAACCCCCCGCUCCCUUUGACCGUGAUCACGUCCCCCCCCCCGUUCGUGUUAUAAUCGAUGUGUGUACAGUUUCAUAACAAGUUACAUUAGAUUGCGAGAGAGGCUAAAAAACAAAAUUGUUGUAGAGAAAAGAAACGUACAUUUAAAAAGUGAUGUGCAGUAUCAAAAAUCGCCGGAAUCAUGUUUCUCUUGAUGUAGACUAAUUUUUUGUUAUUUGAACGGAGAACCGUGAGAUAAUUUAUAAAUGGUGUUUAACCCUCGCUCCCCCCUACUUGUUUUAAUGCGUUUCAAAAUAAAUUACACCCCCCAAAGUCACA